UGACUACUCUACUACUUGCAAUAUUGGAAUCAUUAUGGCAUCUUGUGGUUCCUCUUCAUCAGUCGUGCCAGUACUGCUAGCUCCUGCGAGCCUCACCAAGCAUCUCAAAGUCUUUCUCGAUUCGAUAGGUGGGCGCGACAAGACUAAACUCAUUACUCGCUAUGGACAGAUCUUGACCGUCAAAGACAAGGGCCAUGAUGAUAGCUGUAAUUUGGCCCAACACAUGGCCGUAGCCCUCACCAGUCCUCCAAUCGUCACCACCACUGCUUCCCCACAUCGCUCUAUAGUAUCACUCUGGCAAACGAUGCAGGAAUCUUCAUCAAACCUACCAGCAUCCUUAGUAGGGCUUCAAUGGCCUCCUUCUUUGUCAGAUCCUGGAGUUCAAAAGACCAUCUUUCUGACCUGGAUGGAGUCCUCUGCCUUCUCUACACCAAAACAUCUCCUCGCUCAGACACCCCUUGAGAAACUACAACACAACGUCGCUGAGUUUCUCACGCCCGUCUUGGAGUCAUGGUCAAUUGACAGCAAUCACUUGGGCAGAGAUAGUAGCAGCAACGACGGCAAGCAACAGGAAUUAUCACUCAAGGAUCUUCCUCAACUGAUCGCAUCCAUUCCCCAUAAAUGGGAAUGCUACUCUAAUUUCACGCUCUUGCCGCCAACAGCAUUCUUGACUGAACCAUGGCCGAUAGUUCUGGAACGACUAGAGGCUCUGGAUAAUGAACAAGCAUUGAAGGCAGCAUUAGAAGCAACGUCACAACAAAUGUCUCAUCAAACUGGAAACAAUGAGGCUGUCACCACAACGAUAACGACAACGGCAACGGCAAUGACGCCAACGUUGAUGAGUCAAUGGGAGUCAUUAAUUCAGCAGAGUCUUCAGUCCUCACAUAUUGCGCGCAAAGCCAUUAUCCCAGUCCAGGAUGUUCUCCGACGUCCACAGAUUAGACCCUUGACUGGAGACUGGAAAUUGCAUAACCGGUUCAAGUGUUGGACUGAAAAAAAGGAUCAGAAAUUAUUGGAACAUCAAACUGUGACCACAUCAACGGCAAUAUCUAUCCAGAACAACAAGAGGGAUGAUAAUAAAAAUGGACAUGAACAUGAACAUGAUGUGACUGUGCCGACUCUGCAGAACUUUUCUCAAUCGUUUUGGGCAGAGACUUGUCAGAAUCAUGUCUGGUACUGUUGGGCACCUCUCUUUACCAUGUUCUCGGCUGGAAAUAUUACGGAAAAAGAACGGAUCGCCCAUUCAAAAUCAGUGUUCGACUCUCGAGAUAAAAUCGUCGUCGAUUUAUAUGCAGGGAUUGGGUAUUUUUCGUUAGUUUACUUGAUCCAUGCAGGGGCUAAAGUGGUCCAUGCAUGCGAAUGGAACCCCUGGAGUGUUGAAGGCCUCGUUAAAGGAGCCAAAAAGAAUGGAAUCUCUUGGGAGAUCUACUCAAGCCAGCUAAAUUCUAUUGAGCAAGGACAGGAACAUGAACAAGAGCAUCAAGAGCAAAAACAAGAUCAGGAUCAGGAUCAGGAGCAAUAUGCACAGCAGAGAUGUGACCCUGCAAGGCAGCUUGAUCAGAGUGGUGGCAGUAGUAGUAGUACAAGUAGGAGCAACAAUAAUAUCAAUGGUAGAAAGAAAAAGCCUAGGGACUUUGGAAAGCUAGUUAUCUAUCCAGGCGACAAUGCACAAUGGGUCUUCUGCUUCGAAAAUCAGGCACAUCAUGUUAAUCUUGGCUUAAUCCCCUCCGCAGAACCUGGCUGGGUUCUAGGUGUUAGGGCCUUGUGCCCGAAUGAAGGUGGAUACCUGCAUAUCCAUCACAACAUCCGCGUUGGAGAGGAAGAAGCUUUCAAGGUCAAUCUACUCCAAUCAUUGAGGAGUCUAUUCGCAGUAUGGAAAAAAUCAGCUUCAUGGUCCAUCCAUAUCCGGCACAUUGAAAACGUUAAAAGCUUUGCUCCCAUGGUUUUCCACUAUGUGCUCGAUGUGGAGUGCAGACCUUCACUAAUUUCGUCUGUGAAUCCCACAAGACCAUGAUAGAGCUUUAGAGAAAAAACUUUUUUUAAAC